GACCAAUCCAUCCAUUCAUUAAGUUUAUAGCAAGCUCUGCAGCACGCUAGCUAGCUUGCUCUUCCACGAAGCUCGGCGAUCUCUCUGCUUACCACCCCUUCCAGCAGCUAAUAGCUACCUACCUGACUACUUGUGCCAUGGCAACAAGAUUUAUCGCCGUUGCGGCCGUGAUGGCAGCUGCCCUCGUCGGCAUGGCGUCGGCGGCGGUCUACAACGUCGGCGAGCCGGCCGGGUCCUGGGACCUGCGGACCAACUACGGCGACUGGGCCGCCUCCAAGCGGUUCCACCCGGGCGACCAGAUCGUCUUCAGGUACUCCCCGCAGGCGCACGACGUGGUGGAGGUGAGCAAGGCGGACUACGACUCCUGCUCCAACGCCAGGCCCGUCGCCACCCACACCUCCGGCAACGACGCCAUCGCCCUGACCUCCACCGGCACGCGCUACUUCAUCUGCGGCAUCACCGGCCACUGCGAUGGGGGCAUGAAGCUCCAGGUCGACGUCGUGCCCGGCGCCACCUCCCUCGCCCCGGCCGGCGCUCCCGGCGCCAACGCCCCGGUCUCUCCCCAGACCCCUUCCACGCCCGCUUCCGCCGCUACCAAGGCCACCGCCACCGGCCUCGCUCUCGCCGGGUUCUUGCUCGCCGCCAGUCUCCUGGUCUAAGUAGUUGCUAUUGUGCUGCAGCCAGCGCACAUAUAUGCACAUACAUACUUACAUUUACUUAUCGUUGAUUAUUGUAUUAUUCUUUCGGAUUUGGAGAGAGGUCACACAUGAUACAUGUAUGUACGUAUAUACAGAGAUGAGAGAUACAUGUUAGUAUAUAUGUACAUCUACAUACAUAUAGUAUAUAUAGUUUUGGUAAUAAUUUUUUCUAUACGCGCAUGUAGUUACCCCAAUCUUUGAUACACCAACGUGGUAUGCGUAUGUCCACAUA